AUGUCUGGAACGGGGAGUACGGAAGCAUCGUUCGCUACCGUCUCAAUUCUUAAAAGGAAGUCAAAUGAUGUGGGGUGGAAGUAUGGGAUGCUAAUUAAUCCCAAGAAUAUGGACAAAGUCAAAUGCAAGUUAUGCAGUAAGGUGAUGUCUGGCGGUGUUUACCGAGUUAAAGAACACAUUGGCCAUAUUUCUGGAAAUGUGUCUGCAUGUCCAAAAGCUUCUCCAGAUGAUAGAGCCAAAUGCAAGAAUGCAAUUGAGGAGGCAAGGAAUAAAAAGAAGAAUAAGAAAAAGGAAGAAGAUCUGAUGAGAUCAACAGUCAAUAUUUCUGAAAAGGGGGAAGGGAAUGGCGAUGAUGAAUUGCAAGAAUUAGGGAGUAAUAACCCACCCCGCACACUUGGCCCUAUGGAUAAAUUUGCAAGCUCCAUCAGCCCUGAAGCUGGUUCAAGUGUAAAAAUGACACAAAGACAACAAAAUAUCAAUGAAGCACUCUUUAAAGAGAGGACACAGACAGUCCGUGAAUAUUGUGCUAGGUGGGUCUAUGAGCACGGUAUUUCUUUCAAUGCCAUUGAUAAUGACAGUUUCAAGUUGUUUGUUGAGGCAGUUGGUCAAUUUGGGCCAGGCUUCAAUCCUCCUAGUCAAUACCAGUUGAGGGAAACGUUGCUAAAGGGGAAAGUUGACAGGAUGAAAGUUGGGCCACAAAAUGUUGUCCAAGUGGUAACUGACAAUGCUGCCAACAAUAUGGGAGCGGCAAAGUUAUUGAAGGUGAAGAGACCCAAUAUCUUUUGGACAUCAUGUGCUACUCACACCAUCAAUUUAAUGCUUGAAAGCAUUGGAAAACUGCCAAGGUACAAAAAAGUCAUUGAUCAAGCCAAGAGUUUGACAAUCUUUAUUUAUGCACAUCAUAAGACCUAA